AUGAAGAUACCCUCUAGCUCUUCCAUUCUUCUCGCUGGUUUGGCUAUAUCAUCCUCGUCGUCCUGCUUGGCUGCGCCAACAGGAGACGGCAAUCACGACGUCGACAUUUCAAGCUCCUCGAGUACCAGCUAUGCCUCGUCUUCCGUUGCACCAGCUGCUUACCCUACGGGCGUUAAUGCCGAAGAGCGAUCCGACACAAUCCGUCAAAGGGCUCCCCAAUUUAACAAACUAGCAGCCAGAGAUGACGCUGCUACUGUUAUGGGCAUGCUCGAUGGCCUUCCUAUCGUUGGCCCUCUCUUGAAAACAGUAAUGAGCAAUUUAUCUCAAACCUCAAAGGCGCUGGAUGUCGAGAGUAAUGAUUCUGGUCAACUCGACGCACAAAGUAUGCAAGCGCUCAGAAAUGCCGUUGACGAAGUGACUCGUAUAAUUCAGUCGGCAACUGGCCAAGGUGGUCCCGGAAAUGCUACACUUCCUAACGCUCCAGUUAGUGCUCAAAGUGAUGGUGAUGGUUCUGGUAUUGGGGCCGCCGCAAAUCAAAGUGCGUCUGGAUCUGGUGCUGCACCUACCCCGACGCAGGCAACAGCCGCAGACGAUGGCCCGGAUACAACUGCCAAUGUCAGCACAAGUUCCACCUCUGCUUCAGCGACACCUUCUUCUCCUCCUAUGCCUGGCAAUCCUCCCAACACGCCUACCCCCGACCUUCCGGUUAAUCCUUAA